AUGGAAGUCAGGGAUGACGGAAGUAUCCAUGGCGAUGACUUCUCCGACGCGCAAACAGAGCCACUGAGGAAGAGCGAGGGUGGUCCGAGACAAUCCCAGCACAUAUCCGGCACGCUGCAAGGCCUUACCGACAAGGCACUGCACUUCCUGUCACAUGCCAGCAACGAGACCCUAGGCGCAUGUCUCGUCGGCUUGGGCGCGUCGACCUACUUCGUGUUUGGAAGGGUUGGCCUCCUGAUAAUUGGCGUGGCUGGUGGAGUGGUUCUACAGGCGACGUGGGAAGGUGCCCGGGGCGAUCAUCGGGAUGAGCAGACCAAGACCGCAGAGCGGGAACGAAGAAGAGAAGCCGGAGUGGAAGUGGCCAGGAGACUACUCGAAUGGCGAUCGAAUCGACCGGCAGAGGACAAUAUGGACGAUAUCAAGGUCUAUCCCACACAUCAACUCGACUACUCCGCCUUCGAGCCCAAGACUGCGCGGGCUCUCACCACCUUCACCGACCAUGUCAUCAAGGACUACGUGCAUUAUUGGUACGACUGGUCCCUCCCAGGCGAACCGACAUUCCCAGCAAGCUGCAGACGCACUUUCACCGCCUUCGUCCUCUCACUUUCCACCCAUCUCCAGCGCAAACGACCUGCAGACGCCUUUCUCGACUUUGUUACAAACGCGAGUAGCAUCAUCAUCGUCUUUCUCAACGAGCUCGCGGCCGCUCUGCAUGCUUCACCGAACUCCACCCCGUCGGAAGCUAUUACUGCUUAUCUGGAUUUGAAACCUGACAGCAACCUGUCCUAUCUUUUGAACCCCGAGGCGCAGGACGCGAAACUCAAAGAUGCGGCAGAAGACAUUCUGCAGAACUACGUCGAUCCCAAGGCGUACAACUUUCCGCCGGCGCGUUUGUUUCUGAAGGAGGUGAUGGCGCAGCUGAUCCUGGGCUACACGGUUACAAUGUGUUCCAAGCCGGAAUGGAUCAACGAGUGGAUCGUCUAUCUUCUCGAGGAGAGCAAGACGACCGAAAAGGUGAUGAAUAUUGUGGACGCGAGUGUGAAAGGCCGGGAAGAUGUGCCAGCACAGCGUGAUGCACACCAGGAUGGCCCCCAAAUGACAGGAGAGGACAGCAGGAAAUUCAGCCGGGCCGGAGAAGCCAUGGACGACGCUUUGCAGGAGGCGAAACGCUUGACGCAGAUGAUGAUCGAAGAGGACGAGCGAAGAACCCGUGAAUCGCAAGACGUACACGUCAACAGCUCGGAGGACGUGUCGGAUGUCAGUCACACCCAAGGAGCCCCGACACCUACGUCUAGCCAGAGCGAUCGAGAGGAGAUUGUCGCAUCACCAGCGGAGCAGACGCUGUCCACCCCGGCGUCGACUGUAGAUGUCGCCGCGGACGAUUUGGAACGCCCAUCGACACCCCAUGCCGUUCAACCAAAGCCACAAUUUACCUCAUUCGACCAGCUCAUCCCUUCGCCGCAGCCUACCGCCCUUUCUGGCUGGAGCAGCUCGAAUCCUCUGCCAACACCACCAAUCCAGUCUGCAUUGACCCUGCUGAACGCCUCGAUGUCGAUCUUCGACGACUCCGUUCCGGGGGAAAAGGCGUUGAUCAAAGCCAAGCCUCAAAUUGACUACCUGAUCCAAAUCGAGCCUGCAUCUUCCGCCUUCCCAGGCUGGAUGAUCGCCAGGAAGUACACGGACUUUGAAACUUUGCACGAAGUGCUCCGGCGCAUUUCUGUCAUCACCGGCGUGACGGGAUUUGUUGAGAAGCAUACAGAGUUGCCAAAGUGGAAGGGCUGUACGAAAGCGCAAUUGAGGCAGGAUCUCGAGGCCUACCUGACCCAUGCCGUCAAGUAUCAGCCGCUUGCAGAGAGCGAAGGUAUGAAGAGAUUCUUGGAGAAGGAUCUUGGACUCAGCAAGGUUCCUGCGGGUAAGAGCGCGGGAGGUGGGAAGGGCUGGAAACUUGGGGAUGACAUGAUCAGUGCCCUGAGCAAAGCUCCGAAACAGGUUGCCGGUGGGGGCAAGGCAGUCCUGGGAGGUGUUGCUGGAGGCGGCAUGGCUGUGCUAGGAGGCGUAGCAGGACUUGUCAAUGCUGCGGGAACUGCGACUGCCGGGGUCAAGAAGCAAAGCGUUGUCAGUCGUCCUAGUAUGGGCUCCCUCAGCGACUCACCGCACAAGUCACAGCCGAGUGCCAUGUCGGUGAAUGGCUACGCGGAUGGCGAUCAAUCGGCGCGUCAAAGUCAGGAGUCCUUCCGAACACAGUCUUCGAGGCCUGGCCUGGAUCGACACGUCAGCACGAGCUCCAUCACGAGUGUUGAUACCAACACCCGACCACUGCCUCCAAUCCCCGAUGCUGCCAACGAGGACGCAGAGACAGACACUGCAUCACCAUCCGCAAGCCUCGCCUCACCAAGUCGCGAGUCACUAGGUGCAGUCCUGAAUCUCCCCCCGCCUCCAUCAGAGAUGCCAGCGGAUUACAACACUGCGAUGAAAGCCGACUCGACCCUUCACGCCGACAGCCCCAAACGCAGCCUCGAAGGAACAGACCUCCAGCCCCCCACAAUGCCCCCCCGCCCUCAGCCCACCCAACCCGAGCACAAGCCCAAAGAACCCCUCUCCGACGCCGAAACAUCCGUAGCCGUCGAACUCAUGUUCGCCGUCAUCACCGAGCUCUACACCCUCAGCUCCGCCUGGAACUUUCGCCGCACCCUCCUCACCGCCGCAAAGACCUUCCUCCUGCGCCCAGGGAACCCGCAGCGCGCGGCCAUCCGCGACUUACUGCAAGCCUCAGCGCUCGACUCCAACCUCUCCGACGCAGGGCUAGCGGCGCACAUCUACAAAUUGCGCGAGAAUGCGCUGCCGACUGCCGACGAGCUGGAGAAGUGGAAGGUCGAGUACCCAGAGAAGAGCGAGGAGGAGAAGGAGGCGUUGCGGGUGAAGGCGCGGAAGUUGCUGGUGCAGAAGGGGAUGCCGGCGGCGCUGCAGAGUGUCAUGGGGGCUGCGGCGAGCGGGGAGGCGAUGGGGAAUGUGUUUGAUUGUUUGCAGGUGGAGAGCGUGAGUCGGGGGUUGAUUUUUGGGCUGCUGUUGCAGGGGUUGAGGGUUGUUACGCAUUGA